GUUUGCAUUCGUCAUCAGGACGUGCUAUCUUUCGCGUUGCUGUGUCCACACUUUUCAACGCGAACAUCACCUGAGUUUAGCCCUUUAGGUUCUUUUGUUGUAAUUUCAGUAGUCCUUGUUCUGGUCAGAAAGAGCAGCGAGAAAGUCAAGGUAGUAUCGAGAAGUAGGCCCUUGCACCUUCCGGGCCCAAGCAAGAUGCUGCCGGCGCAACCGGGAGCCAAGGCCCAGACGGUGUUCACACCGGGCAAAAAGAAGAGGAUAAAUCUCGUCGCAGUAUGCAUGAACAUCUUCUUGCCAUGGUAAGCUUCUGUUUCGUGCAGUUGAAGUACUAUUUUUCAUGCUACUCGGACGGUGCUGCCAAGUAACAAGUCUUUCAUGUGGUUCAAUUUUCUUCCUUUCUAAUGGACAUUCAAUAUUCAAAUCUCACACUCCUUCAGGUUUCUCUUCGCCGCACUUUACGCGAUUCUCUCCUUUAGCUUCCACUACCAGCAGCCUGCAGCAGCGUGGCUCUGCGUCGGUUUGGGAUUGCUAGUCUCCCUCGGAGCGAUUGGUGUUGCUUUUGCAAGCAGAGGGCAGAGCAGAGAUCCGAGCUGGUAAGGGAAAACGCUGGAUAUCAUGGUUUCCGCACUUAUCACUUGAUCAUCUACUGUAAGGAAGUGUCUCUCGAAAGGUCAACUCAAAUCUGAAGCUGAUAUUGCACGCGACACAAACUAUAUCCAAGGUACCUGUUCUCUGGUCUCAUGCUCUUCUUGGCAGUGGUGCUCGCCGCAAUUUUUGGUGAUAUGAACUUCUGGUACAACAUGCAGCCGUUUUACGACAUAGAAAACCUGAACACCUACCCGUCCGUGGACCCAGCGACGCAGACAGGUAUGUUUUUUUGAUCCCGGGAGCUCUCAUGCAAUUCAGUGCACACACAGGAACGACGCUAGCGAGUGUGCAAAAGCGUCACUAUGCACGAGUGCUGUAUACAAAAACAAAACACAACUACAGGCCAGCGCUUAAUGGACGCCGGGCGAGUGUACUUCGCCGACAACACGAGACUGGACACAUCGAAGGCAAUGGGCUUCAAGAAUCUCGAUUUGUAUUGCGUGGCGCCCAUCGUGAACGGAAACCAGGCCCUGGAGACCUACGACUUCUGGGCCGUCGGGCUGAACUGCUGCAGCGGGGUAAAAUUUUGAGUUUUCAACCAGAGUAUUUCGAUUUUUUGUUCGAAUUCGAUGCUGAAACUGCAUGAGAGGGAGGGGGUGCGCUUGUUGCACGAACUCACUCUUGCGGAGCCGCCUACUGUGCUCCGUCGCUGAUAUGCACCCACAUUGUACUUACUUUAAUACAAUAAAACAGGUGAGCAGUGAUUUCCGUUGCGGCGAGUUCAACAACCCGCACGCCCGGUCGGGAUUGCGCUUGAUGCGGGACGACCAGCGCCCCUUCUUCCGGCUGGCCGUGCAGCAGGCCGCCGCGGCCCACCACCUGAAGAGCACCCACCCCCUGUUUUUCUACUGGUUGCAGGACCCGGUCGGCGAAAUGAACUCCUACCGCGACCAGGGCUUCAAGUACUGAUGUGGCUUUUUGUCAUGCAGGAAUAGGAUAUACAUUUGCAUAUGCUAGUAUGGUAUGCGGUGAUUUUACUGGGAAAGCGAUUGGCUGGAAGGUUUGUUCUGUGUCAUGCGGGCAUGUUGACACUAGGUGAUGCAUGGGAAAAAAUCUCAAAAGGUACUACCUGUUGGGCAUCUUUACCCACUUCGCGUUCAACCUCUUCGCCACAACGGUCGCUGUGAUCGGGUUCAGCCGCAUUGGAAAGUAAGUGCGAGGGCGGGAGAAUGAAGAGGAGGUGUUGGUGGUGGAAGUAAGAACAAAAUGUACAAUAGGUAAAGAACAGAGCAGAACGCUACACCACCGCUGUAACUUUUUUUUUCCAAAACCACACUAAUCGUCGACACCACGUGUUAAGAUAGGAAUUUUCACAUUACAGAUCUACUGGGAUGAAAUCAAAACAUCCCGCGUCUCGCGAAGCGACGACAAGCCACGUUUGCUGGCAACGCUGAGUUUGAAGAAUAGUUUACGCAGAGAAAGAGCCGCGCUCCUUGACCGAACCUAGGCUGUAUGUGUCUUUUAGCUCUAUCCUACCGAGCGUGGAGUCGCGUUGCAUUUAUUUCAAAACAAAGUAGAAGGCCUAGAAUUCUAUCGCGGCAGCAGCUCUAGAAGUUUUUCCAGUGGUGCUUUAUUGGAUGACGCGCGAAGGCGGGGAUGGUAGUCGAAAGGCCGUGCGCCAGGUUUCGCAUGCGAGGCACAAUUACACUGCCUGGCGAAAAAUUUUGCAUGCCGAUAUUGUGCUGAAGUGGCAGAUGUGAGACUGACAUGUUGCGGUGACUUAGACAUCACUCCAAAGAAGCUACUGUUUGUCGUGUUCUAUGCGUCACUCGAAUCAUUCACGUACACAUGCAUUUUUUGAUAAAGCUGGAUCAUGAAAAAAGGUUCGCGCUUUCGAUGUCUCUUCAGUCGAUGUCGAUGAAAAAAGGUGUGUC